UUUCAUUCAAAACGGAGGUUGAUUUACAUUCAUUUUUGCUUGUGUUUCAUUAAACUGUUUUUAAUACUCAGUUACACAGCAAACUAUUUUAAUUGUAAGGUAUCCAAACAUCAUUAAAACAAGAUAAAUUUAGUUUAGAAACAACACUGCAUAAGAUACAGACAUAAUUUGAAAAAUAUUCUAAUUUCUUAUCAAAAGUUUAGUGAGCUUUAAGCUUAAAAAUGAGCUUAAUUUAGGGUGUAUUCCCUGAAAAAAACAUAUAUUUUAUGCAGUAUUGCUUUUUAUGUACUUUUAUUUUGUUUAAUUGUGUUUAGAUGUUUUCACUGGGGGGAAAAAAAACUAAUUGAGUGGUUUUUGCAGUGUGCUGUUUAUUAUGAUAAAGAUAGGACACACUGUUCAAAUGGUUUGACACAAGUCAAGUUACAGAUUGACUAAGGAUGUUCUCAUAUAAUCUUUUACCUGACCAUCACUAACAAGACAUCAAAACCAACUAAACAUAUAACAUUAUGUAAUAUUCUAUAAAUUGUAUCAUGGUUGCAGAAACCAGAGAUCUUGUCAUUCUUUCAUGCAGUAUUGUUUUGUCUGCAUUAGUACUCAGAAAGGGGUCAGAGGUCAAACUAAAUUAAUAUUAUAUUCUGGACUAACAGGUGGCCUGCAGCAUUAGAGCAGAAUACCAUAGGGAUGAGUGGUCGGUGGGGUCGAUCUGGCAAUGGCUUUGCCAUCUGCUUCAAGAUUUUAAGAGUCACUUUUCUGUGCUUAAAGGGAUAGUUCACACAAAUCUGAAAGUUCUGUUAUCAUGCCGUUCUGCUUUCUAAUGCAGCACAUAAAAAUAAAAAAAACCCCAACAACAUUGGAAUAUGAAUAGAGUAAGUUUGAAAGUUCCUUUUUUUUCUUUGUUGUUUUUGCAGAUUACUCUAAUCAAUUUCCAGAAGACAGAACUACAACAACAUCAGAUCAAACAUCGGUUCCAGUUUUCAGCCAUGGUGCUGUUUGAGGAUCAGGAAUGUGGGAUCUGUUACCUGCAUUACUCCCGCAUCGACCGCGUUCCCAGAACUCUCCACUGCAACCACACAUUCUGCACCCCCUGUCUGGAGACAAUGGGGCUGCAUUACAGCGGCCUGCGCACCAUUCGCUGUCCCCUCUGUCGCCAGGUGACUUGUGUGGACCGAGGGCUCAGCUUGCAGGAAGCUCUUUUUGUCAAUAGCCAACUGUGGGACAACAUUUGUGAUGAGCAAGAGGACGAGAGAGAGCAGGAAAAGGAGGAAGAGGGAAAAAACACUAAUACGCAGGUGCUGACCUCAUCACAGGCCGAAUGUCCAGUGCCAAAACACUACAGACCCAAACUCCGACUCCCAACUUUCCUGAAGAAAAUGAGUUUUUCCAGGCACCCCGAAGAAAGGAUUGUUCCCACCUGCAAUGUACAAAUGAUGUCAUGGCGAAGGCUUUCAUCAGAAGAGAUUUUUUGAAAAGUGGAACGGACACCAUAAACAAAGGAUUAACAAUGCAAACAAUAGACUUUCACCAUCUGUUUUGCUGCUGCCAUUAAAAGUGUAUGCCAUGUACUUAUUACGCCUGGCAUGCUGAAAAAGCAGGAGCAACAGUCGGUCCUGGACAAGGUUGUUUAAACAAACCCAAUCCCCUCCAUGUGCUUCUGCGACUGCAUUUUCCAUUUGAAUAGCCACAAAUCUGAAUCCCGCUUCUCCAUCUGAGGGUAACUUCUCAUUAGAUAUUCCACCCUUAAUCCGUCCCAGCUGCUGAGGCCAGAUUUGUUUCAGCUGUCCCGAGAGAGAGAGGGUCCCAGAUGCAAAACAAGACAGAUGGCAUCUUCCCCAUGAAACAUCACCCCCAUGUCUCAAAUGGACUCUUUUAAGUUAUUAUAAGCUUUGUUAUUUAUAGAAUUUAUAAAUGAUUGUAAAUUAAAAAUUGUGAUUGCUAAA